AUGGAGCCGCCGAAUCUCUAUCCGGUGAAGCUCUACGUGUACGACCUGUCCAAGGGCCUGGCCCGGCGGCUCAGCCCCAUCAUGCUGGGGAAACAACUGGAAGGCAUCUGGCAUACCUCCAUAGUUGUGCACAAGGAUGAGUUCUUCUUCGGCAGUGGCGGUAUCUCCAGCUGUCCCCCAGGAGGGACAUUGCUUGGGCCCCCAGACUCUGUGGUUGAUGUGGGGAGCACAGAAGUCACAGAAGAACUCUUUCUGGAAUACCUGUCCUCCCUGGGGGAGUCUCUGUUCCGAAGCGAGGCCUACAACCUCUUUGAACACAACUGUAACACCUUUACCAACGAAGUGGCACAGUUCCUGACCGGGCGGAAGAUCCCUUCCUACAUCACUGACCUUCCCUCUGAAAUUCUAUCCACGCCCUUCGGACAGGCCCUGCGGCCCCUCCUGGACUCCAUUCAGAUCCAGCCUCCUGGAGGGAGCCCCGUGGGCCGACCCAACGGCCAGAGCUAA